AAAGUACUAAUAUUACAUAUGUAUAUGGGGUUGGUGUACUGCAAAUAAAAUUAAACAAACGAAAUGAUUGCAAUACGCCAUAACAUUUAAAUGUCAUAGAUGUCGCACCAGUGUUGCCACCUUGUUAAAUAAGGGGAUUGAGGCUUAGAGCACAUUGGCACCAAGUACUUUCAAUGAAAGCAAGUAAAUCUGUCUUUAAUGUUGAUAGGAAAAGCAAAAAUUGUGAAAUUACCGCUUUAGGAAACCGGCUACAAUUAAAAAAAAAAAAUCGAUGAUAACAUAUGCAUAAAAUCUUAUCAGAGAUAUAAUUGCUGAUGGCGUUUGCCUCGACAAAGUAAUUCUUUGCAGUAACGCCUAUCAAUGCGAUUUAUAAUAAACGUGCCUUUUAACAUUUUGCAUCAGGGACUAGCAGCCAUACGAGCCAAGGCGAAAACUUGCGUCGCGAUGGGACGCAAAUAUGCGCAGGACACGCAACCAUUUACGGUGCUGAUCGAAGGCAACAUAGGCAGCGGCAAAACCACGUUCCUUAAUCACUUUGAAAAAUAUAAAAACGACAUCUGCCUGCUGACAGAGCCGGUGGAGAAGUGGCGUAAUGUGAAAGGCGUCAAUCUACUGGAGCUAAUGUAUAAAGAUCCCAAAAAGUGGGCCAUGCCCUUUCAAUCUUAUGUGACGCUGACCAUGUUGCAGUCGCAUACGCAGAAAACAGACAAGAAGAUGAAAAUUAUGGAACGUUCCAUCUUUAGUGCAAGGUACUGCUUUGUGGAGAACAUGCAUCGCAACGGAUCACUGGAGCAGGGCAUGUACAACACAUUACAGGAAUGGUAUAAAUUCAUAGAGGAAUCCAUACAUGUGCAAGCCGAUCUCAUAAUUUAUCUGCGAACGUCGCCGGAGGUCGUUUAUGAGCGUAUGCGUGCGCGCGCGCGUUCUGAAGAGAGCUGCGUACCCCUAAAGUACCUGCAGGAAUUGCAUGAGCUACACGAGGAUUGGCUCAUACACAAACUUCGACCAGAGCAUGCCAAAGUCUUGGUACUGGAUGCAGACCUGGACCUGGAGAAAAUUGGCAAAGAGUACCAGCGCUCCGAAUCAAGCAUAUUCGCCAUUUCAAGCACGAGGCAACCUACAGCAGUGAUGGUGUCACCCAGCAAACGGCAAUGCAUGUCUAGUUAAUGAGUCGAUAGACAUGCAAAUAAUACAUCACUACAAUUAGACGGAAUUCAUAAAUUUAGAUAUUUAGAUAAAUAAUAACAUUAGUUAAGGACAAAGUGUGGAGUCGCGACUUUAAACGGCUUGGCAAUUCACUAAAACAUGCUGGCAAAACUAAUUACUAUAUAAGGACCUGUUUAUUUAGUGUUGCAUUUUAACAAUUCCUAUGUGAGCAUAAUUUGGCAUUUUAGUUUUCGAUUUGUAUUCCUAUAAUCAAAAUUAUACCAACAUUAUUAUUAUUGUAAAAUAAUUAAAUUGCAUUUGACGUUUUGUUCAUAUUAAAUAAUGUAUUUUAAAGCGAAUAAAAGUGAAAAAUUGUUUAACGAUUCA